AUGCUGCGCUACCAGGCGUCCGUGUACAGCGAUUCAUACGGAAAUGAUUUUCAUUCACCCGUACAGGGACCAUCAUCAAUCGCAUCGUCCAUCGGAUUCCGGUCGCAGCAGGGAAAGGUUAUCAAAAGAUUACCGACUACAUACAAAUAUUCCAUCAUGUCGGUUACUCCUCGUCGUCGUCUUCUAGUCUCUGAUGGUGUACAGAAGUCAAUGACAAGUAGUUCGGGAGUCACAUUUCCACCACCAGAUUAUAUAAAAAAGAUGAAGGAAAAUUACGAAAGUGGGAAAAUCAUCUAUAUUCGUAGAAACGGCGGGCUGAAAACAAGUGGAAUAUCAGGAAGACUUACUACGAUAAACACUUCUAUACGAACGCCUUCGUAUCAUGCAACAUCAAUGUCAGCAGGAAGUGUAACUCUGGACACUAGUGGAAGCGCUCCAAAAUAUGUGUAUCGCUUGCCGAAACAGGAUUUUGGAAAAUUUGAUGAAAAUCGACCGAACGGGAAUAUGUAUGUGCCAGCUCAAGAAGCACCAAAACAACAUUUCACAACCGUUCCUGCGUGUAUGUCAAUGGGAGGAGAGGUUAUGAUUGAAGAAGAAGUAGAUGAUGAAGUUGCUGAUCUAGGCGCAGAUGAACUGACUGGCGAUGGAUUCAAUGCCGACAAAUCUCCAAAAUCAGAAUCUCCAGACCCGUAUCUGAAGUCUUCCGGCCCACUGAUACAGCCGUGUUCUUCAAUGAAACCACCGAACUACAACAUGCUCCAAAGGAAUCGGUUACCUGGAAAUAGGUGUCCUCAUCAAGAUUGUUACUGGCGAGGUACAAACGAGAUGUCAAUGAAGAAACAUAUGUCAAUACAUGGUCAAAAACAAUCAUCGAUGUAUGAAAAAUCUGGCGAAACCAUGAAAGUUCAGCUCGUACAGCCGAAACCAAAAGGAGUGAAAUGUAGUGAAUGUGACACGUUCGCUUACUCUCGUCCUCUUCUUCUCCGUCAUAUGUACGAUUCACACGGCAUCGAAGCUCCUCUAGUCAAGAGAACUUUCGCUAAUAGAGAAAUGCUCCAGUCCUGGUUGGACUCUCUUCGCGAAACUCAUGCUGUCGAGUUCGUUGUCUCAUCGGGAUCGAAGAAAUGGGGACGUGGUCUUCAGGUUCACUAUUUGACAUGCUCCAGAAGUGGUGAUCAGAAAGAACGUCCGAACAAGAAAUACGUUCGACCGCCACGACCAUCAAUAAAAUGCGGACGAAACUGCAUGGCUUACUUGAAGAUCAAACAAAAUCCGACAGUGUCAGAACUUCAAAUCGAAGGAUGUCUUCAUCACAGUGGACACGAAAUCGAUCACACAAGAAUGGUUUUAGAGCCAAAUGAGUUGGCAUCAAUUGGACUUCUUGUGGACGCUGUCAAUGAAGGAAUCGAUGUAUUAGGAAAUAUUGAAACGCUUCGCAGCUAUAUCGGCUCUGCUGGACGAUUCCGUCUUGUCACCGACAGUGGACUGAUAGAGCAAAUGCCUAUUUGGUUUGAGCAAUAUCAUCGGGAUGUAGCUAUGUAUAACGGGAUUAGUUCCCGGGAUCACGGAUCAUCGAUUGCCAAUUCAUACUGUAAUCCAGUUGAAAUUAAACGUUUUGUACCAAAUUAUUUUUUAGUGUCACCAAUGAAACCUCCAGUUAACGGAAUUCGAAGGGUGCCAUACACUGGAAUGAACAUCAAGAAAGAAUUAGAUGCAAUCGCAUUGAAGACGGCUGUGCCGAUUCGCUUUAACGGCGGACAACUUCAGGAUAUCGAUUUGAAUGUAGGCAAUGAAGAAUACGACGAGAGCAAGGUCAAAAUUGAAAUGGACGAUGAAGAUGCUCUUGCGACCCAAAGUAUUCUGAAAGAUGAAUUUGAAGAGUUCAAGCCAGAAGACCUUUUUGAUCUUCAUAGGACGGAUGAUGAGAUACUGUGUGGGGGAGAAGAAGCUUCUGGAAUCACCUCGAAUAUUGAUGGCAUUCUGGCUGCCAACCUGCCUGAAAACUUUAGCGAUCCGCUGUGCGGGAUGGAUUUGAACGCCGACUUUGGUGGUUCAUUUGAUGAUAACGUCUUUGAUGAGUUCCUCGGACUCUCCAACUUCAACGACGUCAACAGCAGAUUUUAA